AUGGUGGAACAAAGGCCUGCUAUGGAGACCAACAAUCCAACUCUUUCCCUGCAUCAGUCUGACAGUCUGCUGGACGGUGAGAAGACCGGAGCUGCGUGGUUUUUCUCUGGACUGUUCCUCGCUUUGACGGGUGUUACGAUCACAGCGAUGUGCUGGCAACGCUACCAAGUCAGCUCCAACUUUCAGUGGCUUCAUCUGCUGGGCCCCAUCCUGUUUUCCAUCGGAGGUACCUUCAUGCUUACCAGCAUCUGGAAGUUUAAGAUCAUCUCUUGUUGGCCGUGCAGAUGGCAGGAAGAGGAGGUCUUUGUGAUCCCUGUGAGGGAACAAACCUCAAGGCAACGUCCUGUUGUGGUUCGUGGUAUAAAUCAGCCAGUCUUUUUGCAGGGCACCACAACAAUGUUAUGCAUUCCACCUGCUUACAACUUUGUAACCCGGGAAGUUAACCAAGAAAACGAGCUCCAGCUUGACGCCUCUGUGAGUGGCGUCCAUGCAGCCCUUCAUCCGUAUGAUGCUCUGUUCUGUGUGGACGAUACAGCUUUUACAGCAGGGGGCAGCGCAGGAACGGACCUUGCAGGAAGUCGUUUCCCUGUCCCGAUGGAGGUCCGACGAGACGAACAUGCAAUAAUCCGCUCCAGUCGUCCAGGAUCAGCGGGCCUUCUGAGUCCCGGCUCAGUCCUGGGACUCUGUGGCUUUCAUCUCAAUGUGAGUCAGGAGUUGAUUCAAACAUGUAGUGAUGGGAGAAUUAACCCCCGGGACCCAGCUUUCAAUGGGCUCAGCUAA